GACAUCGGGAUUAACACGCGCGCGCAACUUCUUCGCAGGAUCCAAUACCGGCGCGUGCAAGGCCAGACGGACAGCUGUGCUCGGCAUGUGGCUCCUCUGGGCCCAGCCCUACUUGAUCAAGUUUCCACUUGAAGCCUUAUUUAUCAAAUGGUCAUACGCCGUCUUUUCACUGAGGCUCUUGGAGUGCCCGGCAGUCGGUCGGAAACGGCCUGCGCUACAAGCGGCAGUACGUGCAACUACCUCCUUUGCCAGUCCCCAGCGACGACUACAUACGAUCGCAAGUAAUACACAUACAAUAUCAUAUAGCAGCUAUAUCUUUCAUUGCUCCAGCAGUCCCGUGAGUCUGCUGUGCACAACAACAACGACCGAACAGCCUGGGCGACUUCACAUCCAGUAGUCCACGAACCAUAUUUGCUGCAUUGGUAAACAGAUACUCCUAUUUAUUAUUGAUAUAAUGACAUGCACACACUGACACAACGAAGUCUGUCAGUGACAGCUUGCACCCAGAACAGCGACUCGUCGCGGCGGGCCUAUUUCAACAUCCCAUUUAUUGAUACAAUAUCUUCAAGCCUUAAGUACGAUUUCGAUCGUGACGGAACAACUGGGUGCUCAAGGCGCAGCGCCGGCCCGCACCAUUUCGGCGACGCGAUGGCGACCCGCUGCCUUCUGGCGGUGGCCCUCUUGCUUAUGCCGGCCGCAUUUGAAAGUAGACUGCUGAUCAACAGCGAUGCGUCGCAAGGGUCGCAAGCAUCGGCUGACUGCACGCUGACCGGGCCUGUCGCCAUCUUCCGUGCGCCGACCGGCGACCAGAGUUGGCUUCUCGACGACGAGAGCCGGCUUCCAAGCUACCGCCUUGUGCCCGCGAGCGCCGAUGUCGCCAUCCCAGACCAGGGAGACUUCGUACAAGUCACUGGCCGCUGCGAGCUGAGCUCACGGACGCUCACCUACGCAGAGCUCCUGGUAGAUAGCGAAGGCGGGCCAGACCCGCACCUCGCGGCCUUAUCACACCAGCCUGGGACGAACGCCCCGGGCAGCGAGCAGACACUUGACACUUUGGCAGGACACGGGGGAGCCACCAACGCAACUGCCGCUGCUGGGGCCAUUGUCGAUGCGACCAUCGAAAUGCGCCUCGACGACAGCGAGGCAGCGCGCAGGCAGCGGCCCCCGCCGCCGCAGCCGGACGCGGGGGCAGCCCCCCCGCCCCCGCCGAUCAGGCGCCGGGAGAGAGCCAUCCCACCCUCGCCGCCGCCGGAGCUCCCGCCGUCGCCGCCGCCGCGCACGCCGCCGAAGCCCCGUAGCUUCCGGGCCAAACCACCGCCUCCCACCCAGUCACCGUCGCCGCCUCCCAGCGAUCCCCCCUCCCACCCGCCGCCCAAGCCCCGCAUCUCCCGGGCCAAGACACCGCCGCCCACUCAGUCGCCCUCACCGCCUCCCAGCCAGCCCCCUUCACUGCCUCCACCCAAGCCCCGCGGUGCCUUCGCCCGCCCACGCCCCCUUCCCGCGUCCUCGCCUCCGCCUCCGCCCUCGCCGCCUCCCCGAUCUCCUCCCCCGAAGCGGCCUCCGCCGACUUCCACUCGCACUCGGCCUUCUCCGCCGCCGCCGCGCUCGCCGCCCCCAAGUCCGCCUCCCAGCCCGCCACCGCCUCCCACCUCUCCGCCGCCUCCCCCAAGCAUCAUCCAGCCGCGCGGCGACCAAGUGCCCACAGACCCAGCGCCCGUGUGGCCGGUGCGCGGCAACGCCAAGCGCCUGACGUCCCUGGUGAUGGUGGUCAGGCUGUGCGGCCAGAUCGCCACAGGCGUGGACCCGCAGUUCAUGCGCCAGCGCUGGUUCAAGUCCUUCGCGACGCCGCAGACCACCAAGGAUGGCACCAUGGACAGCCUGGUGACUCAGUGCAGCUACGGCAAGUGGGCUUUCAACGACUUCGAGAACCUGGUGGUUCCGGUGAUUGUGGACCUGCCGUGCUCCGGCCGCGGCAGUCUGGGCGACUGGAGCGCCAGCAACUGCCGCGACGUGGACCGCCAGGGCUGGGCGGAGGCGGCCAUGAAGUACCUGACAGACAACACGGACAUUGACGUCAAGAGCUACACACACAAGCUGAUGAUCUUCCCCACCCAGACAGCCAACUGCAACCCCAACCUAGCAGCGCUGGCAAUGCAGAACUGCGCCUGGACCGGCAACUGCUACAUCUGGUCAUUCGGCGAGACCAGCCCGCGCAGCUUGCUGCACGAGAUCGGUCACAACAUGGGCCUGUUCCACUCCUGGGUGUGGCCGGUGCACGACCCCGCCAUCGACCAGUACGGCGACGUGGCCGCGCUCAUGGGCAUGGGCCCCACGCCCGUGUGCUGGAACGCGCCGCAGGGCCAGGCCCUGGGCAUCAACAGCCCUAUCGCGCAGCUCAACGCCUCCUCGCUGCCGGCAGGCUCCUGGCAGACCAUCCGCCUGCCGCCCAGCUUUGUGUCCGACUCCAACUUCGUGACUGUGGCCGUGUCCUGGAUGUCCGACCCCGUGCUGCGCCGCGGCUACCUGUACCUCUCCUACAAGCUGGCGCGCCUGGCGGAGGCGGGGCUGCCCAAGGAGCUUGACGCGCACGUGCACAUCCACUCGUACACCGGCGACCUUACCCUGGCUGCCCGAAACUACUCCAUGCUGGUCGGCAACAUUAGCGCCGGCGAGCAGUGGCCGCCCGCCGACCAGGCCGCCGCCACCGCCGCCUUCCCCUGGCGGCUGCUGGUGCUGGCGAGGUCCACGCCACGCGACACGUCGACUGUGGACGGCAUGACAGCCACCUUGCAGAUCUGUCGCUUCACCUCUAGUCCGCGGGAGUGCGGCACCGCGCCCGCGCCGCUGGAAUCCGGCGCCUCCACGCGCUCUGCUGCCCUUGGUGACAUGGCCGUCGCAGCAGCUGGCAGCGACAGCAGUGGCGCUGGUGUCAGGUCUGCCAGCAUAGACACCUCGGCUGCAGGCGAAAUGGUGGCGGUGCAAGCUGCGUUUGACUCUGCGGCGGCCACUGGCCUGGACCAGCUGUCAGCGCUGUCCGACCUUGCAUCGUCGCUUCUAGCGGGCGUCUGCGGUGACGGCGUGUGUGGAACUGGUGAGAGCAUGCUAAGCUGUCCCUCGGACUGUUGCGGCGCGGACUCCGAGACCGCCGCACGCUGCGGCGACGGGCGCUGCGAUGCGUGGGCGGGGGAGAACUGCAUUACCUGCCCUAGCGACUGCGCCCGUGUGCGUCCGGCUGGUAGCCGCGACAUACUGCCAUUCCCGAUCGACGCGAGUGGGCACUUCCAGUUCCUGUCGCACGACAUGCCGCCAUCAUCAGGGCUGGUGUGGUGGUGCUGCGGCGGUGGUGAGCUCGGAGACGGGUGCGGUGAGCCCGCCUGCGCGGCGCUGCCGGACAGCGCGAAGGGCGGCAGCGGCACCAGCGGCUCCAAGGGAGCUGGCGUGUGCCGAUCCACCUGUGCCACGCCCCACGCAUCAAGGCGCCGCCUGCAGCGCAAAGUGCUCAGCGGCACCGCCACAGUGGCGAGAUAGGCGGGCGCCCGUGCGGGAGGCUGUCAGCGUAAGAACAGAGACCGCGAGCAGCCGUUGCACUGUGCCACCGUCUGGGGGCUGUCCUAACGCGUGGCUGGUUCUCGCCAGGCGCUCUGAGAGAUUAAGAUUAGCAAUGUGCUGCCUGCAACGCUCCGGGUCCAAGCUGCGCACCCCCCCCCCCUUCUGUGGGGCUAGUGUUAUUAGUCAUGCCGUGCCAAGGGUGCCCUCUGCACGAUUGAUUGCUAACGCAGAGCACCUGGACGAACUGGCUCUAGGCUGCAGUGUAUAGGUGUAUGCAUGCAUACAUACCGUAUUAUCAUAGUGGCGCAUAGGGAACGUUUUGUUAGAGGCGCGGUUGCUGAUUGCGCAAGCGCGUAACCAUAGCCCUAACCGGGCCACCUAGACUGCGUGGAGCUGCUAUUGGUUGUAGCCAAUUGAUUAUGUUCUUAUGACUGCCAUUGAUUGCGAUGAUUGCAGAAGUAGCUAAGACCCCAGCGGGUGUUGAUAGUUGCGAUUGCGCGGAUGAGAUACUAGAGUGGAGGUUAUAGAAACGAGCAUUCCCCACGCUGCCAGGACCCGCGAACUUCAGCUGUUCGUGGCGGUGUGGUGGAGGCACUCUUGAACACUGCGGCCUGACUGGUGUGUGUUUGAGGCUCCGCAGUGGGCUGAGAGGCAAUUGGUAGCAGCUGCUUGGCACUUGCAAUCAGUUCGAGGGAACCAGGGGUGCCGCCACGAGGUGCCCCUUGCGGGCACUGCAGGAGCGGAUGAAGGGUUGAGUGGUUGACUGGUCUGCCGUACAGCCAUUGCUGUCCGGGCGAGGAAGCAGGCGUUGACGCCCGGGAGUUGGCGAGUUGGCAUGCAUGCCUUCAUGUAAAGCAUGUUGCCU